AUGAGCGUUCACACAACGCCCAACCCCGACAAGGGAGCACGAUACAUUGGACUGCUGGACACGGCACUGUGCAAUGGCAGUUGGAGUGAAGUACCGGAACUGGCGCGCAAGGUAGAGAAGCACGCGCCAGAUCGAAAACGCCUCACUCUUGCCGCUCGCGCCGAAGCCCAAGUCGCCAACGCAUCGCAUCGACCGACCUCCGCCUCCUCUGCCACCUCCGUCAGCAUCCACGGCCUGGGCGAACUCGCGCCUCGGUUGUCCGAGGCCAUAGCCAGUGCAGGCAAAAGCCACCCGGACGAUGCCUUCGUGGCUAGCACAUGUCUGGCAGAGAUACACUGGCUACGGGAGGCGCCCCUGGAGGCCCUCACUGCAUUGGCAUACACGGCUCAAUCAACGGCAGUCUCAACGCCCAAAGGAACCCCCGGCCCGCUUGGGUGGAUUGAAGUGUGCGAAGUGAAGAACGCUUUCAUUAAGACAUCAUGUCUGGAGUCGAGCAGCCAGCAUAGCGAAGCGAGGCAGACAUACCAGUCGGCAGUGUCACGAACGCCAGGAUACCGCACGCCAGAGCUCAGGAGGUGGACAGAACGGCUAUUGGCCAAGGCCUGUACAUACAGUGUGAAGAAUAUCCCAACACCGUCGCUGCAGGAUCAGAGCGAAGCAUACCUGGCGUUUAGAUCAUGGGGUGACUUUUGCCAACGGGCGCCGGCGUCACCCCCGAGCUCCCAUACACCUCUGGACAUUCCGCGGCGGCAGGUAUGGAAAGCAUACUACGACCUACUUUCCGCACUCCUGCAGCAAGGCCUCGUCCAUGCUCCGGACGCCAACGUUGCUCUUAUACCCGCCAGCGAUCUGCUGGUGGAGUCUCGUAUACCCGCCAAACGCCGCCAGCGGGACGAGAUGAAGCGCAUCGAAGCCAGCUACGAGACUCUGCUCAUUGGCGAGACCCAGUUCCCGAAAGCCAGUCAAACGAACCAGGAGGUCGAAGAGUGGACAGAGCAAGUCAUGUCAAAUUGGAAUGUGUUCUGCGGCUCGUCAUGGACCGAUGCUGAGCUCGGGACCGGUGGAAAACGAAGUGUUUCUCGCAAUGCGCUCGACAUACUUUACAGAGCCGCGAUGAAGACGUUCCAUUCGACGCCCAUCUUGCGCCAGCUCUUCACGGUGCACGCCGCCCUCGGCGAGUUCGAGCUUGCCAUGCACGCAUUCGACAGCUACAUGGAAAUUGUGGACAAGGGCAAGGCGCGUGCCGAGAAGACCGGAAAGCAUGAAAUUGGAUUCGAUAAUGAUGAUACUGCCAUGUUGACAGCUGCAGAAGCUGUAAGGAUACUGUGUCGAUAUGGUGAUAGAGAACAAGCGGAGAAGGCGAACGAGAUUGCUCACUCGGUGGAAAAGUGGCUACAGCAACAACGACCGAACAGUUCGCAAGCCACACAGGCGAAUGGCAAUCACGAUUCUACGCGACCUGAAAGUCAGCCGACAUCCUCAUUGCUCAGCCUCAAGACUCUAGGCGCCACCUAUCGAGCUAUUGGCAUCAGUCAAGCACACUGGGCACAAUUGACUUACGAAUCCGAAGCAAGAAGAUCCUUACUAACUGAAGCUCACACCAACCUACGCCGAGCGCAGAGGGCUGACCCAAACGAUCUCGAAACAGCUCAUGCUCUAGCUCUAGUGCUGUCGGAAUUGCGUGAGGUUCCUGCUGCGUUGGACGUGCUACGUGGAGCGAUAGAGAACAAAGAUGGUACCCAAGCGACCAACGGGAACCUCGGCUCAGCAGCACAUAUUGAUCGCGAGAAGCAAUUACUACCUUUGUGGCACCUGCUCGCGUUGUGUCUCACGGCCGAGGAUGAAUUUGAGGCCGCUGCGCAAAUGUGCGAAGCAGCGUUCAAACAAUUCGGCGACGCUCAGAAACUAUUCGGUGCAGGCUCGAGAUCGACUUUAGACGUUUCGGAUAGUCCUGAUACCGCCAGUGGAGCCGGACAAGGCCUAGUCGAUCUCAUGGAAGGCUUCGAGAAAGAGACCAUGGUCCAAAUCAAGAUGACCCAGAUCAUGCUGUUUGAGCUGACGGAGGGAGCGGAAGAGGCUGCUGACUUGACUGAUGAACUGCUGAGCCUUUAUUCGAGACUCUUUGGCAACCCUACUCAGGUCGCUAAGGAGAUGAUUGCCAAGCCUCCGCCCACGGCAACGUCUCAAGCUUCGUCUAGAUUUGGUGGUACUCUCAGGAGCAUCACGGGUAGUAUCCGGCCACGUUCUGCUAGAUCGAGACGAGGUAGCGCCGCAGGAGACGCAGUGCGUCAGCAGUCUGUCGCUUCGGACAAGGACAACUUGGCGGUACCCACACGGAACAGGGCGGCCACCACGAAUGGUCAGCUCGAUGGUCCACCCAUCGCCAUAACAAUCACCAACGAAAAUGGUGUAGCUGACGAGAAGUCACAUCAUAGGCAUCAUCUGCCACAUCUACCUUUCCAUGGACGUAAUCACCGCAGUGGCAGCAUACGGUCGAAAAGUCCUGGUCGGAGUAUACCUGAAGAGACAACGAAGGAGGCACCGAAUGAGAAGCUUGAUUCUACACCCACACAAGCAGCCGUGGGAGAUCACCAGCAGCCUGGUCAGCCCCUCGGCCGCAUUGCUCACACUGCAUCUCCCGAUGACUUGCCGCCUCCGACCGGCCAUGAUGAUCAGCCGCCACGGCAAGACGUGCACUUGCCGACCACACAUCCUGCGUCGGCUGGUGGCUUUACCGAGCCACAGUUGACGCCAAUACACGAGCGAAGGCAUAAAGUCAGUGUCUUAGUACAGGCAUGGCUCUUCAGUGCAGAGCUUUAUAUGCGGGCCGACAACUUCGACGACGCAGAAAACUUGAUCAAUGAUGCUAGGAGGCUCAUGGAAUCCCUUGAACUCGAGCUUGCCAAUUCUGAGGAAGGGUCGAAUGCCCGACGCUUGUACCACAAAGGUUGGGGCAGUAGCAAGAGCAUCGACAACCUCUGGGCUGAAGUGUGGUCCUCACAAGCCCACCUGGCCCAGAUUCGGGAGCAGCCCUACGAAGCAAUGGACGCCUAUGAGCAAGCACUUGCGCACUUUCCAGAUCACGCGGCAAGCAUUAUCGGGCUGUCUGGUCUGCUGAUGGACAUCUACGAAGAGAAGCUGCCUGCAGAGGCCCCUGUCGCCCCUCUUCAACCUCCAUUACCGUCAACUUCUGGCUCACUGAUCGCGGAAGCCAGACCGCCUCUCACCCGACCAAAUUCCUCAUCUACUCUCCCUUCACGACAAAACUCCGUCGUCGAACCCGAACCCAUCGAAAUCAAGACCCGCAAGAUCGACCCUUCGCCAGCUGAACUCAGCCGUCUCGCAGCACGAGACAGAGCAUACAUGCUUCUCUCGGACAUCACAAAACAAGGCGCAGGUUGGGACGACUCGGAGGCCUGGCUCACCCUCGCUCGCGCUCACGAACUCAGCGGUGAGCUCGGAAAGGCCAAACAGGCCUUGUGGUGGGUAGUCGAGCUUGAGAACAACAGACCCAUCAGACCGUGGAAAGACGUUACCCCAGGUGGAUAUACCUUGUAA